AUGUCCUCUAUUCCAGUUCAACUCGACUACCAUCCACUCUUCAGCUCCCCAGACGCAGACAUAGUAUUCCGAUCCAGUGAAGGAACACACUAUCGGAUGCAUUCAUUCGUGUUGCGGACUACGUCAGGGUUCUUUCAACCCAUGCUCUCCUUGGUUGGUGGCAGUGGCUCUAGCCCUGAUUCGUCAUCCGAGGCCAGUCCAAUCGGAUUGGGAGAGAACGACGACGUGCUCAAAAGGCUUUUCGCUAUGAUAAGCGGAAUGGAAGUUCCUCAAUGGGACUCCUUGGAUAAACUUGAGCAUGUGCUUCACGCCGCCGAGAAAUAUGAUAUGCCAGGACCCAUAUCUACCAUACGCUCUGCCAUCACAGCGCCUCGCUUCAUGGAAGAUCCCUUACGAGUAUAUGCCAUCGCUGCGCGGUAUCAAUGGGAAGAAGCGCUCCAACCUGCAGCAGAAGGGUGCUUCGCCAUCGCCAUCCACCAUCAGCAGUACAUUCCAAUUCUCAAGCGCAUACCUUCCGAUGAUCUUCUCCGACUCAUAGACCUGCGGCGAGAGCGGAGAGACGCAUUUCUACAUGCUAUUGAUCACGAAGUGCAGUUUACUAGUGGAAACAACGCGGAUAAAUGUUCGUGUAGCCGGAGCACAGACCAUCGCGGAUGGUAUGCGCUGAAGCUUGCUGUGUAUAUGGAGAUGGACAAGAAACCUAUCGUGCGGAACUUGGAUGAUCAGAAUUGGGAAGUUGCAAAUAAAUGCUGGAGCUAUCGAUGCCAAUGCGCCAAGGUGGUGUACGAUCAAGUCGAGACCAUGAAGCGCAUUCGUCCAUGCAUUGAAAGGUUGCCCACAAAGUUGAGACCGAGGAUUUGA